CGGACCAUGGAAAACUAUUCCUAACACACAAUCAAUGUUGGAGCGACGGCUUUAAGUGCGCGCAUGCGCUUUAGACGGGAAAUGAAUGUGACAGACGGAGGAGGGGGCCGCAUUAUCUGACAUUCUGCGCGAGCGACGCGAGGAAGAGAGAGGAAGGAACGAAGAAAGAUUUUUAAAAAAAGACGGGACAAGGGACAAUUAGCGUUAUAAAUAAAUUUGUGAGUUAUGAUGCACAGAAUAUUUAUAUUCAAUUUAUGCAGGGAUCAUUUUAUACUUUGUAAAUGUUAGUAGUUAAUUUAUUCAAUCACUCAGUGCCAAACAGCUGCAGAAUGAAACCAUUUCCAAUAGUUUUUAGACGCUACUAAACGAAAGGGAUACGUUUGCAAAUAAAACGGCGGUGACUUCCUGUAACAGUAUAAGACUAUCUGAAGAAUGACAGUCGCGAUUUGAUUUAUUCUGGGACAUUUUUUCUACGCAUAAUUUUUAAACAAUUGUAAUACACCACUUUUUUCAAUAUUCAGGAGCUUUGUUUUACACGUUUUGUAUACUUACAAAUUUGCAAUUUCUCAGAUGUGCCAAAUGUUUUAUUUCGCAAGACGGGAACAAUAGCGAAUUUCUUUGUUACAGCCUACUGUGAGCAGCUGGUAUAAGAGCAGCAGCACCAAAUAACAAAAAAUAUAUAUAAUAAAAAUAAGCAACAACAUAGAAUAAGACAAAGUGCGUCCAUAUUCACACCCGGGUUCUGUGAAGACGCUGAACGCUCGCUGAGGACGCCGUGGGACCAUGGCGACGGUGACCAGCGCCGAAGCAAACCCGCAACCUCGGGUGUAUUUUCAAACACCAUCCGGAACCGACGAUUCCGACGUUCCAGUUCGGAAGCAGGGCCGCGUGACCGUUAAAUACGACCGCAAGGAGCUGAGGAAGAGACUGAACCUGGAGGAGUGGAUCAUAGAUCAACUGACGGAUCUGUACGACUGCGAGGAGGAGGCCAUUCCAGAGCUGGAGAUCGAUGUGGAUGAGCUCUUGGACAUGCCCAGCGACAAGGAGCGAGCCAUCAGGGUGAAGGACCUGCUGGUGGACUGCUACAAGCCCACGGAUGAUUUUGUGGCUGCGCUGCUGGAGAAGGUGCGAGGCAUGCAGAAACUCAACACCCCUCCAAAGAAGAUAGACCUCACCCCUUAAUCUCUGACCCCUGAAUCUGCCCCCUAAACCCAAACACCCCCCCCCCCAAAGAAGAUAGAGCUCAUCCCUUAAUCCCCGACCCCUGAAUCUCUGCCCCCAAAAACCCGAACACUCCCCAAAGAAGAUAGAGCUCACUCCUUAAUCCCUGACCCCUGAAUCUGACCCUUAACCCAAACACUCCCCCCAAAGAA